AUCAGAGCAACGGCCAUUUAACACGGAACCACAUGCAAUUUAACUUGAACGAAGCAAAGGAAAGAAAGACAAAGAAGACCAACUUCGAAUAUGGCAUCACAAGAGGAACAGGCUCUACAGCAGAGCAUUUUGCAGGCACGAGAGCGACAAUUGCAGGUGCUGGCAGCCAGACAGCUACAACUACAGCAGCAGCAGCAGCAGCAGCGAGGCAUGGGUGGUGUGAAUCAGAUGGGAAAUCAGAUGGGACAACAAAUGGGCCAGCAAACAGCCCAGACUCAACCAAGAAUCAUGGGAACUAUGGGAACCAUGGGAAUGUCAAUGGCCCCAACCAUGGGUUCAUCCAUGGGCACAUCCUACGAUGAUAUCCCCAUCACAGAGCCAAAUGACUUGCAGCUAUUCUCAGGCCAACCCGUCUCGCAACCGGAUUUCGCUUCAUUUCAAGCCGCCUGCCGGGACGGCUCUCUCUCCACCAUAGGGUCCAUCAUCACUUCCAAGCCUCGCACGCCGGCUUUUCUGCAUCAAGGCCUGAUCCUCGCUCUUGGCUCUGGCAAAGUCGAUGCUGCCCGCCGCUUGCUCGAGGCUGGCGCGCCCAUUGCCCGGCAAACGCCAACACACAUCCUCUCGGCACCGGAAGACCAGAAGAUUCCCCUGUUCGAGCUUCUCACGCAGCACGGCUGGACGACCAAUACGCCGGGCUUCUACGGUGCCGUGCUGCUCCCGAGAGUCGUCACCAACGACGCCCUGCUCGACUGGUUCCUCGCCCACGGCGCAGAUCCCAACCUGGGAGCGCAACGCGACAACCGCGACCGCAAUGGCGCGCCCGAUGCCGACUCGUGCGUAGCGCUCGAGACAGCCGCAUCGCACGGCACCGCCGAGGCAGUGCAGAAGCUGCUAAGCGCCGGCGCGCAAAUGCGAAACGGAGCGCCGCUGUACUUUGCAGCGGGCGUUUGCCCUGCCGGCGCGAACCCCCAUGCAGGUCCCGUCACGCCAAGCAGGGAAAUCGAUGCCGGAAGGAUUCCCGUCAUGGCGCAGCUGGUGGAGAAUGGCGCCGACGUGAACCAGAAGCUGGAGUCUCGCCACAUGAACCCGCAGUAUCCGAUUGUCAACGCCGUCAUGGCGGGGGCCGUUGAGAGAGUGAAGUGGCUGCUGAGCCAGGGGGCCGAUCCUGACUUGCGAGGCGCGUUUGGGAGUGCUACCCAGUAUGCUGAGAGGAUGGGGAGCGAUGAGAUGAAAAGGAUUCUCCAGGAGGAGCGCAGGGGUUAGUUAGGGCCGUUACAGUACUCCACAAGGCUGUAAAGCAGCAGUUAUUACAGGGUUGCAGGGGGUGGACGUGUUUUAAAUAUAGCGAGUAGCUACGUCGGUACUUUCAAUCGUGAUUUAGUUUGUAUUGUAGGUAUACAACGGAAGCUGAGCGAAGUAAAUAAUUCUCAAAAUACACGUACUG